AAUUAGCUACUGAUGAUCAACAUCAAGUUGUUGCGUUGGCAGAGAAUUUUGACAUCGCCCUUUUUCCGUCAUACAUUUUUUGCAUUGUUUACCUUCCUGUCAAUGGAGGAAGAGAAAAAGCCUGUGUUAGAGCCAGAGACAGAGAGUGAAGUUGAAAGUAAAAUGAGCGACAUCAAAUUAGAAGGAAACAUUGAUGUGCCCGCUGUCCUACAAAACACUGGCAUGGCAGCAAUGAACCUAUCAGGGUCGUCAGCAAGAGAAUGGAUUUCAAGACGUCGUCAAACCAUACAACCAUGGUCCCAAUUCAUCAGCACAUCUCGGUUCACCAAGCCCACAUCAGUCACUGUAGCUGGAACAAGGGUGGUCAAAAAUAUCGAGCAUUUCCAGAGCAAUUAUCUCUUUGUUUUCAUCAUCCUUGCUAUCUACUGCAUAAUGACAUCACCCAUGCUGAUCAUCUUUCUUGGUGGUCUCUUUGGAGCCUUUUAUUGGAUCAAUGUCAAAAAUCAGAGCAAAAAACUCAAGAUCGGAAGUUAUGAGUUGACUCUUGUACAGCAGUAUGGUGCCGUGGCAAUGCUAUCUAUUCCCUUGUUUUUCCUUGCGGGGGCUGGGUCAGCAGUCUUCUGGGUUUUAGGUGCCUCGUUCUUCUUCAUCAUGCUACAUGCUGUUUUCUACAACCCACAAGAUCAACUAGAUGAUAUACAAAUGGAAGAAGUAUCAUUCGGCAGUGCAUGAGGUCCCUCACAACCAAAUGCUUCAUAACAUCCCUUCAAUAUGUUUGAUGGAUUCACCCAGCUUCAGGCUUCUUAACAUUGAAAACACCUUGCAUGCUAUGGGAUUAUUCAAUUUUCAUUGAAAGGGAUUUUGUCAAUGUAAACUGCUGAGGAGACAUAAGUUUAGAGGACAUUUUUAUAUGUAGUUUUUGUAUAUCAUUUCAGAAUAAAGUCAUACUUGUACAUGUAUUUUUAUAGAGCUAUAUAUAUGUAUGUAUAUUAGCACAAAUAUAAGUUCCGAGUGCUGAACUGAAGUAAAACGGUGUAAAGGGUUGUUCAGAUAUGAUGGGCAAUAAUGUUUCCUUAUAUGUUGUUUAUAGCGCAACAGAACUGAAUAAUAAUAAUAAUUGUAAAAACAUCCAAUUGAAGAGAUUUAUGAGUCCAAGGCCACCGCCCCAUCCCCCCUCCAAAAUAAAAAAACAUCUUUGACGUUUUUCCUAUCUCCUAUAUGUAUUCAUUGACUUUCUUCACAAAUACAUGUAUGUUAGCAGUUUCUUUUUAACAGUUCCUUGGGCCAUAUCUGAACAUGCCUUUACAAGUCGAAUGUUAUUACUGAUUUUUAGUGCAUGACACUCUUUCACUGUAGGCUGAUAAAAUAAGAUUCAAACUUAAACAUGUAUUGUAUUCUGGGAUUUUAUAACUGUUUUGACCAAAGGUAAUCUUUGAAACUGGUCGAUGUUAAUUGCUAGCUUAAUCGUUUAUAUCAAGUGCUCCAGCUUGUUUCUUAAAUUAUAUACAUAUAGCAAAGUAUGAAGUGGGUGUUUCAUAAAGCUGUUAUUGUAAUUGACUUGAUGAAUGACUGGUGAUCCUUUCUCGUAAAAGGAUACACACCAAAUCUUCAUUGAUGUUGAUUUAGCGCUUAAGAAGGGAUCACCAGUUGAGCGUAAAGUUGCUUGUUAGUUACAAACAGCUCUAUGAAACAUCUACCUGUGGUCUUCGGCCUUGUGGAGUAUAACUUAUUAACAUUUAUAUGACACCUGGAUAGAUCCUUGUUGUUUGAUAUCGUUCAUUUAGCCCAUUUUGCAGUGACGUCUCCAACCGUGCAAUUUUGGAUCCAUACGAUUUUGUCCAUUGCACGCGCGCCGAGACUGCAGCUCAUAGACAAUUAAAUAUGCAUGUUGUACUGACGUAAAAAUCAACAGACCGAACUCGCACUGCAUGAGCAUGUUUUGCAUCGAAAUUCAUAAAU